CGAGCUGUUCAAACGGCUUUAAAUCAAAAUGAUAUUGACUUUGAACAAUAUGGAAUCAAUGACAAUGGUCCGCUACCCAAGCUUCAAACAAACAAUCAUGUGGCCAUUCCACGCUCGACAGUACAACUAGCUGACGAGGAGCGUACUAUUUUGACAUUGACCAUAGAUCCUUUGGUACAAGAUAAUAACCAUGGUAUCAACUCAUUCUUGCAAGUAGUAGAAAUGGUUACUCACUUCGUUACAUAA